GGGCCGGGGCGCGGCCGCCGGGAGCAGCGGGAGCGGAGCCGCAGCGGAACGGAGCGGAACGGAGCGGAACGGAGCGCGGGGCUCGGCGCUGCCCGGCCGGCCGAGCAUGCACUGAGCGAGCGGCCCCGGGCUCGGAGCCGCCCCGCUGCAUGGUGUGGGGAGACACGGUCGCGAUAAUAAAUGAUAGAGGAUACAAUGACUUUGCUGUCUCUGCUGGGUCGGAUCAUGCGUUACUUCUUGCUCAGACCGGAGACCCUGUUCUUGCUGUGCAUCAGCCUGGCCCUGUGGAGUUAUUUCUUCCACACGGAUGAGGUGAAAACCAUUGUUAAGUCCAGCAGGGAUGCGGUGAAGAUGGUGAAGGGCAAGGUGGCCGAGAUCAUGCAGAAUGACAGGCUCGGGGGUUUAGACGUGCUGGACGCUGAGUUCUCCAAGACCUGGGAGUUCAAGAGCCACAACGUGGCUGUCUACUCCAUCCAAGGCCGCAGGGAUCACAUGGAGGACAGGUUCGAAGUAAUCACCGACCUGGUGAACAAGACUCACCCCUCCAUCUUCGGGAUAUUUGAUGGGCACGGAGGAGAGUCCGCAGCGGAGUACGUGAAGGCGCGGCUGCCCGAGGUGCUGAAGCAGCACCUGCAGGACUACGAGAGGGACAAGGAGAACAGCGUGCUGUCCUACCAGAGCAUCCUGGAGCAGCAGAUCCUCUCCAUCGACAGGGAGAUGCUGGAGAAGCUCACCGUGUCCUACGACGAGGCAGGCACCACGUGUCUGAUCGCCCUCCUGUCCGACAAGGAGCUGACCGUGGCCAACGUGGGCGACUCGCGGGGCGUGCUCUGCGACAAGGAUGGCAAUGCCAUCCCCCUGUCCCACGACCACAAGCCCUACCAGCUGAAGGAGAGGAAGAGGAUUAAGAGAGCUGGUGGGUUCAUCAGCUUCAACGGCUCGUGGCGCGUGCAGGGCAUCCUGGCCAUGUCGCGCUCGCUGGGCGAUUACCCCCUGAAGAACCUGAACGUGGUGAUCCCCGACCCCGACAUCCUGAGCUUUGACCUGGACAAACUGCAGCCAGAGUUCAUGAUCCUGGCCUCGGACGGGCUGUGGGACGCCUUCAGCAACGAGGAGGCCGUGCGGUUCAUCAAGGAGCGCCUGGACGAGCCGCACUUCGGGGCCAAGAGCAUCGUGCUGCAGUCCUUCUACAGAGGCUGCCCCGACAACAUCACAGUCAUGGUGGUGAAGUUCAGGAAUAGCAGCAAAGCAGAGGAGCAGCAGUGAGGAGCCCCCGGGCCCGCUCAGGACUCAGAACAGUUUGUCCGUGGUGGGAAGCUCUAGGAACGCCGUGCGGGCUCUCCCGCGGCAGCGGAUCUCUCUGGGCUCUGCUCUUGGCUUGACAAAAGGAGCAAUACAACAAAUCCAUGCUGAGCGACCACAAGAAUCCAGUUUGUCCCCUGUCCCUGCCCUGUGCCCUCGCUGCUCCUUAGGAAGUGACUGGAACCUUCCGUUUCUCAAUUUUCUUUAGGAAUCCUGUGCAGGGUUUUGGUUUGGUUCCUCCCCUCUGGGGUGCCAGCCCCAGGCUGGCUCAGGGGCACGGCAGGGGCAGGGCAGUGCUGCUGCUUUUCCCUCCUGGGUGUCACUGCUCUCAUGUUCCUCAUCUCUGUACCCUGCAGUGGUAGGGGUGGGUGGGAGAAGGGUUUGUGAUGCGAAGGAGGAAGAGGAGCCAACUCUCAGCCUGCUGCCGCUGCUGGCUCUCGCUUUGUUCAGCCUCCCCCCGAAAUAAACCCCUGCCAAGCAUGUGAGUAGGUAGAGCUCCUGAGUUACCACGUUUAUUCAGGCUGUGCAUUACUCUAGGACAGUUCUUCUAGGCCAUAUUGUAUCCAAACCAACUCAUGGUGGACUUCAGCCAAACCCUGGGAGUUCUGAACCUCCUGGAUGGGAGCAGAGCUCAGCUGUGGUAGCAGAAUGUCUGUCCUUCUCCGAGAAUCACCCUGACCUUAUUUCCGUGGCAUGGACUUGGAAAGGGAUGUGAGAGAAAAUGAAUUUCACUGGUGACUGUUGGGAGCCUCACCCAAGCAGGGCGUUCCUCAGAGCUACCUAGCUGGGAGUCAAGCCUGUGAAAGACUUCCUUGUACCACUGCAGAUGGAUUUGUGGUGUUAAUCCCGGGGCAGAUCCCUCUGGAACGGGCUUUUGGGAUGACAUGCAAAUGCCAGGCAGCAUCAAUGCACUGUAGAGAUGAAAGGUUGUGUUAAAUCUAGAUUUUCAGAAGUAUGUUUAGAUCUAACUUUCAGUAUUUAAUUGUAUUUUGGGAUCUGUGACUGCUGUAAGUUGGAAUGAGGACAGUUUGGGUUUGCUGCACCUCUGGUACCAGCUGUGUCAUGGCAGAGGGACAGGGCAGGCAGGAUUUUGGAUGGCUCCUUUAUCCUUAUCCUGCCUUACAGAAGUCCUUGGGAUCUCCCCA